UGCCUCCUCGGGCUGCCGGAGGGAUUCUCUGUUAAGUAGCCGCCGGUGCGAGCCUGGCUGCGCGUCUCGUGGAUGCGAGAACAGAAGCGCGCCCAGAUCUCAAGUACUCUAGGCUCGGAGAAAGCAAAGGCCGCUGGGAGGCCAGAGCUCUCCGCCCUCUGGAGCUCGCCCCAGCCAAGGAGCAGGUGGCAGGCGGAUGGAACGUGGCCACCGCGAGCAUCUCUAAGAUCCAGGGCCCAGCGGCUCAAGGCAAGGCGUCCAAGCGAAGGUCUUGUGAGGGUUUCGCUUGCUACUUCAUAUUCUCGGCAGGCCUGAAUUUGAAAUAGACCUGUAUCCAUGAAGAGUGACUACAUACAAGCCACAGUAUGUCAAGAAAGAAGGAAAGAUCCCAUAGAAAUAUUUCAUUCUGGGCAGCUUGUGAAGGUCUGUGCCCCGAUGGUUCGCUACUCAAAAUUGGCUUUCAGAACACUAGUGAGAAAAUACAGUUGCGAUCUGUGUUACACACCCAUGAUAGUUGCUGCUGAUUUUGUGAAAUCUAUAAAAGCCAGAGACAGUGAAUUUACCACAAACCAAGGUGAUUGCCCACUGAUUGUUCAGUUUGCUGCUAAUGAUGCAAGAAUUCUAGCUGAAGCCGCUGGCGUAGUCUAUCCUUAUGCAAACGGAAUUGACAUCAACUGUGGUUGUCCUCAGAGGUGGGCAAUUGGAGAAGGCUAUGGGGCUUGCUUAAUAAACAAGCCAGAACUUGUUCAAGAUAUGGUGAAACAAGUAAGAAAUCAAGUGGACAACCCCAGAUUCUCAGUUUCCAUUAAGAUAAGGAUCCACAAUGACCUCACAAGAACCGUAGAUCUUUGUCGAAAGGCUGAAGCCGCGGGCGUGUCCUGGAUUACAGUGCACGGAAGAACUGUUGAAGAAAGACAUCAGCCAGUCCACUAUGAUGCCAUUAAAACCAUCAAGGAAAGCAUUUCUGUACCCGUAAUUGCUAAUGGAGACAUCAGAACCUUAAAAGACGCAGAAAAUGUGUGGCAGGUUACUGGGACAGAUGGUGUGAUGGUUGCAAGAGGACUCUUAGCAAACCCUGCCUUGUUUGCUGGCUACGAGGAAACCCCACUGAAGUGCAUCUGGGACUGGGUUAACAUUGCCCUUGAACUCGGGACUCCUUACAUGUGUUUCCAUCAACACUUAAUGUACAUGAUGGAAAAGAUUACAUCAAAACAGGAGAAAAGAAUAUUUAACGCUCUGUCCAGCACAUCAGCGGUCUUGGAUUACCUCACAGACCACUAUGGCAUUUGAUUUCACUAAGUGUUAUAAUGUUUAUUUUAUAUCUGUGGCACAAAAACAAUCAUUGGGAGUAUUUUAAACUAUCUGCCCUGGUCUUGGCCUUCAAGACUUCAGUAGAUAGAUGUCCAGAAACUGCCGACCCCAGGGCAUCGGGACAUCCUGCGCAUCCUGUUACACACUGGGAUGCAAGGGAGGGUGGGUGCAGGGGAG